GUUUUCCCCACUCCUGGCGGGGUGGCAGAGAAGAAUGCGCCGGGACCGCCCUAAAGGGUUUCCGGAGCCCCUGUCCUGGCUGGCUGGCAGCACGGAGCUGGUAGGGUUGCGGGGACACUGAGUUCCCAGACUAGGCAGUGGCGUCGCGUCCCAGGUGGCGACGAGGGUGGCCGGAGGGCUUGGUUUGUCCUCCGGCGAGAGAGAGCCAGAUGUGCGCGAGGGACAGGCGACCGGCAGCCGUUGGAGCGCGACGCUGGUUCCCAGCGGAGAGCCAGCCGCCGUGCGCGCUCAGAGCUGCAGGGCCAUCCUGACACAGGCAGGCCCGGGCCGACCAUGGACCCUGAAGGCAGCGAGACAUCCUCAGGCUCCUUGGAACAGCCGGAGCAACCCCCGGGGCGUCCCGUACGCUCAGGGAGUCUCGCACCUCGGGCGCGUCCCGUGCACUCGGCGCGGUCCUCACGGCGUCCAGGAGCCGGUGCGGACGCCCAGCCCUCAACGACGCCCACGGCACCCGAACAUAAGACGUCUGCCAGAGACGAAGACGAAGCGCCCCAGUCGGCAGAGAAGGAGGAGGCCAUCCAACAGCGCGCCGAAGGCCGGGCCAAAGUCCCGCCCAAAUUCAGGGACAGCCUCAAGAAAUUUUUCUUCUCGCCCACAGGAGGGUUGAAGGUCGCGAGGCUGGGUCUUCUCAUAGGAGCAUUAGCUUGUUUCAUCACUGCCAAAGCCCAUGAGUGGUAUAUAGCAGUCACAAUUCUGGAAAUACUCAUCGUUCUUUAUUUUAUUCUAUCAUAUAUGCUAACCCUUCACCACUUGCUGACUUAUUUAGAUUGGCCCUUACUUGAUCUUAUCAAUACUUGCAUUUCAGCUGUGUUCCUUUCAAUAGUUGCUGUCUUGGCCAUGCAAGAAAAGGAAAGAAGGCAUUUAUUCUAUCUUGGAGGGAUCCUGUGUCUCACAGCAGUACUCAUGACUGUCAUCGAUGGGAUUCUGGUUACCAAGAUGAUAAGGAAUAUUUUGAAAAAAUUCCUGGGGUUCAGUACCGAAACUAAGCCUGUGCCUGCCCUGGCAGACUCAAAGGCACCCCCGAAGACAACCAAGCUGGCACCCUCAAAGCCACCCAAGAAGGCAUCUUCAAAGGCACCCAAGCGGGCAGCUUCAAAGGCACCCAAGCGGGCAUCCUCCAAGGCACCCAAGCGGGCAGCUUCAAAGGCACCCAAGCGGGCAUCCUCAAAGGCACCCAAGCGAGUGUCCUCAAAGGCACCCUCGCAGGCAUCCUCAAAGGCACCCAAGCGAGUGUCCUCAAAGGCACCCACGCAGGCACCCUCGCAGACAUAAGCGUCUGUGUCUCACCCCUCCCACCACUGAGCUCGCAUGCUGUCACCCGUUUCGGCCUACAUAUGAUCAUAAAAUCAGGGCUGCUAAGUUGGGAACACUUCUGCUUCACGUGUUACCUUGUGUAAAAGUCGAGUUACAUUUUCAUGCACCUGCCCAUGCCCCGAGGGGCGCUGGGCGCCGCUGCCCCAGGAGCCCUUGGCGAGGGCCUUGACCCGGCCCUGGUCCCAGCCAACUGGAUCCAAGGCGGGAGCAGCGGCUACAGCCCCGGGGCCACCUUGCGAGGCCUCGCUAGACUGUGAGGGGAGCCA